AUGGAGCGCACAGACGAUUCUGAGCCGUUGAAAGUGACGUUCAGUGGGCCUGCCAAGUACUUCACUGAUGCUGCUCCAAUCGGCAAUGGCAGUCUCGGAGCCAUGGUGUGGGGUGGCGUUGCCUCAGAACUUCUCCAACUCAAUGAGGACACCCUCUGGACUGGGAUUCCGGGCAACUACACUAAUCCUAAUGUACCAGUGGCUUUGGCGGAGGUCAGGAAGCUCGUGGAUGAUGGUGAAUAUGCUGAUGCUUCUGCAGCAGCAGUCUAUAUGUUAGGAAGUCCAUCUGAAGUUUACCAACUCCUCGGGGACCUCAAGCUGGACUUUGAUGAUCUCCAUCUUACAUAUGCUGAAGAAACAUAUAGCAGGGAACUAGACUUGAACGCGGCUACUGUGAGAGUUGGAUAUUCUGUAGGCAAUGUACAAUUCUCAAGGGAGUACUUUUCAUCUUAUCCUGACCAAGUUAUUGUGAUGAAGAUAUCUGCAAGCAAAUCAGGAUAUCUUUCAUUUACAGUGUCUCUAGAUAGCCAGUUACACCAUCAUUCAUACGUCAAGGGAAGUAACCAGAUUAUUAUGGAGGGGGCUUGUCCUGGCAAAAGAAUUCCACCAGAAGCAAAUGAUAAUGCUCCCAAGGGAAUACAGUUUUGUGCCAUUCUUGAUCUAAAGAUUAGUGAUGACAUUGGCAUGAUAAAUGUCUUGGAUGACAAAACAUUGAAGGUUGAGGGUUCAGAUUGGGCUAUUCUGCAAUUAGUGGCUGCUUCUUCAUUUAAUGGACCUCUAGUAGAUCCUUCAGAAUCUAAAAAGGAUCCCACUGCAGAUGCAGUCCGUGUGCUGAAAACAAUAAGAAACCUUUCAUAUACUGAGCUCUAUGCACGUCAUUUAAGUGACUACCAGAACCUUUUCCAACGUGUUUCACUUAAGCUUAAGAAAAGUUCCAGCUCUAACAGUGCCACGGGGUUUGCGUCUCCUAAGACUGGUGAACCUUCUUCAGUGACUUGUCCAUACAAUAAGGGGAGCAGCAAUGGUAGAAUAUCUACUGCUGAUAGGAUUAGGUCUUUUGCAAUUGAUGAGGAUCCUUCUUUUCUGGAGUUAUUAUUCCAUUUCGGUCGUUAUUUACUUAUUUCUUGCUCGAGGCCUGGAACCCAGGUGUCAAAUCUUCAAGGAAUCUAACAAGACAUCGCACCAAUUUGGGAUUGUGCUCCUCACUUGAACAUCAAUCUUCAGAUGAACUAUUGGCCUUGCCUUCCCUGCAAUCUUGCUGAUUGCCAGGAGCCUUUGUUUGAUUUUCUUUCCUCUUUGUCCAUUAAUGGGAGUAAAACUGCGGAGGUUAACUAUGAAGCAAGAGGUUGGGUUGUACAUCACCAAACUGACAUAUGGGCCAAGUCAUCAACAAUUCCAGGUAAAGUUAAGUAUGUAAUCUGGCCAAUGGGUGGCGCAUGGCUUUGCACACAUCUCUGGGAGCACUACAUGUAUACAAUGGACAAGGACUUCCUUGAAAACAAAGCAUAUCCGCUGUUGGAAGGAUGUGCAACUUGGCUGUUGGACUGGUUGAUCGAAGGCCGUGAUGGGUAUCUUGAAACCAACCCAUCGACAUCUCCAGAACACAACUUUAUUGCUCCCGAUGGAAGGCCUGCCAGUGUGAGCUACUCAACAACAAUGGAUAUCAUGAUCAUAACCGAAGUGUUGUCUGCAGUUGUUGCUGCUGCUGAGGUUCUUGGGUAUACCGACAGCAAUCUAGUCGAUAAAGUGAAGAAGGCUCAGACAAGGCUUCGUCCUAUAAAAAUAGGCAUGGAUGGUUCUAUCAUGGAAUGGUCCCUAGAUUUUGAGGAUCCAGAGGUGCAUCAUCGUCAUCUUUCGCACCUGUUUGGCCUGUUUCCGGGGCACACAAUGACUUUGGAAGGAACUCCUGAUCUCUGCACUGCCGCCAAGAGAUCACUCUAUAAAAGAGGAGUGGAUGGUCCAGGAUGGUCUACAACGUGGAAAGUCGCUCUCUGGGCGCAUCUCCACGACAGUGAGCACGCUUAUGAAAUGAUCAAGCAUUUGAUUACCUUGGUGGAUCCAGAUCAUGAGGUGUCCUUCCAUGGAGGACUAUACAGUAACUUAUUUGCUGCACAUCCUCCUUUCCAGAUUGAUGCCAACUUCGGCUUUAUAGCGGCGGUUGUGGAAAUGCUCGUGCAGAGCACGGUGAAGGACCUGUUCUUGCUUCCUGCGCUUCCCCGGGACAAAUGGGGGAGUGGUCGGGUGAAGGGACUGAAAGCGCGCGGAGGGGUCACCGUCGACAUCUGCUGGAGCGAUGGAGAACUCCAUGAAGUUGAUGUUUGGUCCGAGGACCGUAACUCACUUCAGAAGCUGCACUACAAGGGAACUUCAGUGAAAGUGGACAUUGCAUCUCGCAGGAUCUACACGUUCAAUGGACAGUUGAGACUCCUGAAGACCUCUUCGCUUUAGGAUGCAUGUUCUACCCGAUCGGAAAAACGAGGAGGAAAAUGUCUGAAACAAAACUUACAUUGAACACUAUGUUUCCAUGUUGAGUCUAGACAGGAAUGAUAAAAUAUCCUUUGUUAAGCCAGGUGCCAUUUUAGAUCUCUUGAGUUCAUCUGUAUAGCUCGAGAGCCCGAUUAAUAAUUUAGACAAAUCACAUCGAGGGCAUUAUUAUAUGAGACCCGUUAUGGACUUGAAUAUAUAAAUGGGAUAAUUUUAUGUUUCACUGUUA